AGAAGACGAGCGGGCGGGAGAGAUUUGUGGGUGGGGAUUGGGGAGGGAGGGAAGAGAGAGAGAGAGAGACUGCUACCUGAGUUCAACUAAAGGGGGAAAAGGUAUCGCCCCUUGUGGCGUCCAAAGAGAGAGAGAAAGAGCAAGCGAGCAAGAAAUAGAGAAAGGUGGGGGAAAGAGAGAGAGAGGGAGGUACAAAGCCCUUGGGCACUGCCGCUAUAAGUACGCUACCAGUCUACAGGUUGGAGACAAGGUAAGAGAAGCCCCUGACGAGCCACUAAAACCCUGGCUGUUCACUUUGCUUCGCCGCCGAGGGUCCGGACAACGCAUCUCGGCAACGCGCCUACCUCGUUGGCCACGCUCCGACGGCGCCCGACACGUCCAGGGGGGGCGGAUACAGUUACCCCACUCGAAGACCGCGCAGGGGGGAUCGCUACGACACUUAAUCCGCCGCUGAUCGCCGUGCUGCACUGCUGCGCCGAGCUUCUUGCUGCUGCUGCGCGACUGAACGCUACCGUUCACAGGAAGCUCAUCCCAGUGUCAGAAAAAGCUGGACCGGCAUUGUAGCGAGGUUCGCUACUGAAGAGAGUUCCUCCCAUCGGAUACUGGGUAAAGCCAAAACACCAAACUUUUUUUUUAAAAGAUUCGAUGUCUUCUGAACAGAAAUGGAUGUUUCAGAAGAAAGAGUUCGUCAUUUCUUUUAAAAGAGUUUCAGUCUGUGAAAUUUCAUCUCAGAAAGUCAACGAUCUACAGAGAAGUUUUUAUUUGUCAACAAGAGGCAGGCUGUCGACAGUCGAAGGACACAACCGAAAGCUGUCGUGGUGCCAAUAAUUUGGAGGGUAGAUCGAGUGCGGUAAAGACAACACAACUCGAGCGUGACUGGUUUCAGUAAUUGUCCUGAGAACAAGUUCAGCGGGUAGAAUGCUGUCAAAGACGCUGUCUGUGGCUUCAGCCAGGGAGAAAGGACCGUCUGCUAUGGCGACGUACUCUUAAGCACGGCUAAAUAUUUAAAAGCAAUAAAGAUCUGAUUGCCGACAAAGAUACAAGUUGUACCCGGCGCGCGACGACGGAAAUAUAAAACCCGAACCACCAGGGUACCCUUCUUCCCCAACAGGCUCCGCACAAAGCAGCACGGCCUUCUACAGCGCCACCCGAGUGCAUGUUUGUCUCCAUUGUUAGUCAACAAUCAUAAAGCGGGACGCCGGGACUUAAAAGUGAGGAGGGUCUAUUGAGGACGAGAUCAGAGUCGAGGUCCUUCCGCGUGUCCGACGAUCGUUAUCGCCCGAGGAGGUUGUCGUCGUCGUCAUCGUCAUCGUCGUCAUCGUUGUCGCUGCAGACGCCGUUGUCGCUGGUUUUGAUGGCGGUGAGUGUGAUCGCAGGUCUCACAACAGUAACACACCUGAGGCUGCGGAGGAACAGUACCACGUGACCAGCGGCGCUGGAUCGAGUGCGCUCUCCGGAUCAACAGGUGUAAUCGCUGACUGCCAGCACUCGGAGCACCUCGUGAACAAGGAUUGUGACAUGCUGCCGUUGCUGCGCCCCCUCCCGCUGCUGCUGCUGCUGCUGCUGACGUUGACUCACGUGAUCUGCGGCGUGCAGCGGAAUUCAGAUUCUGACUUCUGCAUGCUAGGCGACAAACGCUACGAGGUUGGGAAAACCUGGCACCCGGUCCUCAAACCCUUCGGCGAGAACACGUGCGUCAACUGCACGUGCUUCACGGGUGGAAACGUGAAGUGUACUGGGGUUGACUGUCCUCGCCCUGACUGUGAGGAGCCGAAGAUGGUGCCAGGCGAGUGUUGUCCAACAUGUGACGAUUUUGACAACCUUCCUCCUACAGCCGGAACGGAGGGUUCCAAGGAGGUUGAGGGCAAGAGACCGGGCUGCCAGUUCCACGGAGCCUCCUUCAAGGAUGGGGACACCUUCCCCUCCAACAGGACCGGACUCCGACCCACGCGCCAGGACCAGUGCGUCAUGUGCGUCUGCACGGAAGGACGAGUAUUGUGCCAUCUAAAAACCUGUCUACCUACCAAAUGUACGAAGUUUAUUCAAACGCCCGAUGACUGCUGCCCUCAAUGUGCAGAAAUCUCGUACAACACGAAAGAUUAUCCCUCUUAUGUUCGACCUUCAGAUUCCAGGUCCGGCAACGUGUCAGAAGGAGACUGCUCCUCGCCUGAUGGAUCUCAGAAGAACGGCAGCAGCUGGAAUCCUGUGGUCGGCACCUUCGGGGAGAUGCACUGUAUUGUUUGCACUUGCUUGAAUGGCCACGUUAUCUGCAACCGAAUUGGGUGUCCCUCAGAAUCGUCCCUUUCGUGCAAGCGGCCACGACAACUUCCUGGAGCUUGUUGCAAGCAAUGUCCGCCAGGGGGCAGUGGCAGUGGCAAUGGCAAUGGCAAUGGCAAUGGCAAUGGCAAUGGCAAUGGCAGCGGAAGUGGAAGUGGCAGUGGCAGCGGCAAGAAACCAAAGAAAAAAAGCAAAAAUGAUCAGCGCCGCCAGUCCUCCAAGUGUGAAGGUUCCAUCACCAAUAAGCCACAUCCGGACAGAAAGCCAAGCCUGACGUCAGUGGCCGACAUUUUAAACGGUCUGUGUCUGCCUCGCCAUACCGACCGCCUAGUGUACCAGCGAGCCGGAGACAACUUUCGAAAUCCUGGCCUUCGAUGCAGUCAAAGACAAAUCCGUGGAAAUGCUGCGCUGGGAGGUGGAGGAGGGCAAGCUGAGCGAAACGAAACGAGAAUUGACCAGAGCAGAUGAAUUCAGGAAAACAGUUACCUGUCAGCACAUUGUAGGCGCCACGAACAAAAACGGAUUUAAAAAACUGAUGAAAAAAGUGGAGUCCAAGCUGCAGCGAUGUCAGAAAAGCAAAAAAGGUUGCAAGAGGAAGGAUCUGGAGAAAAUCGUGAAGCGUGACCGGCGCGUGAAACCUGUGGCCUUACGUCAUCUGUGCGGCGAGUGACGGUUUGAAUGACGUCAUAUGGACCGGGGCGUAUGGUGGACUCGCUGUACAAAUCUGCUUUACAAAAAUUCGACUGCCAGGAGUUCUUGGAAAAUUUUCCGGUUUUAAUUGUUAAAUAUUUUGCGUCGAAGUAGGAUUACUUCGCAAGCCAAAUAUCUUCCCUAAACAUGCAUCGAUGUUCCAAUCGCAUCGGUUGUGCUCCGUUAACGGCGCAUGCGUGGAUUUUCUGUGAAGGGGGAAUAUUUUCUUAGGACCAUCUCUUAACAUUAUUUUAUUAAUGGUUACUCCUUUGCUAUAUGUGUGAUGUGACCCUAACUGUUGCGAUGGUCAAUGUUUCUUGCUGUAAAGGAAAGAAAAAAAAAGGUUGUCACCCGCAAAUGCAUCUCUGCCUCCAGGUCUGUAAAAACACUUUGGGUCGGGAUUCGAACGCACAUGCGUAUCUUCGAACCUUCUUAACAGAGCUGGUCAAAACUGUAUUUUUUUUUCAUGACAUCGAAUUUAAUGUCACUGACAUGUUUUAAAAAAUGUCAAUGGUGCUAUGACAGCGAUUUUUUUUCUUUGCGGACACAGAUUGAUGUAUAUAAUCGUUACAAUAUGCGGUAUCUUAUACAAGGUUGUGAAAGACUUUUGCGACGUGUUUUUAAACAUAUUUUCCCCACCUUUUUGUUUUGUUGGGGGUCUGCUUUUAGCAGAAACAUGACUGGUUGUGUCUAUUCAAAUGUUUAGAAAAUACAACUGUACUUUUUCAGCGACAACAAACGAUUCAAGAGCGGAAUCACACACCAAUAUAUAUAUAUAUAAUUACAAGUAGAAGAUGGUGAUAAUGGCUAAUUGAAGGGCAAAAGACAGGACUGAUCUUCAAACGAAAUUGUGUCAUGUGAUCGUCAUGAAUCGCAUAUUGUGUCAUUCAGAUGACAAGAAAGCAGAUAUUUUUUCCCAUAUUCUUUGACUCUGUUAAAGGAACCACAAGAUACACUGUCACAAAUAUUUUACCUUGAGUUCAGAAUGUUGAAUUCUAGACAUAGCACGAUGGAAGGUUUAUGGUUUGCAGCGUGUAAAUAAUAUUGUGAUGCACUUUUUCUUGAUUGUAAACCAGAAUGUUCUGAUUCCCUUCAAGAGCAAUAGAAAAGGACGCAUGACACUGGAAGGAAGACAUGUCUGAACAAAGAUACUUCAAACAUCUGUGUGUUUCGGUGCUUGAGACUGCAAAUAACAGAUUUGUUCAUGUGCGUCGGUUGUGGCACUACUUCUGGCGAUGGACCAAAAUAUACUCACGCUGAUGACAGUGCAAUUCAUCAAACCCUGGGUUCGAGUUUCACAGAAAAACGGGUUUGAAUCCCACCUAAAAAGACUCCCUGCACCGGAAGCUGCACAUCCAGAGAGUGGCGCCAUUGAAAGAGUAGCCUCGUAAAGAGCAAAUGCCAGGACAAUAUGAGAUGUCUACCAGUUGGCUUGAUGUCAAGUAGGGUAUGAACAAUUGGGAUGUCUUGACAGCAAAUGUUUUGCCUGCUAACACGUGACACAGGUCUGUAAAUAAUCGAAAAGGACAACUUCCGUUCUGUUGACUUCAUCCGGGAUAUACAGCUUCGUGAAACAGGUGCUCCCUAUGACUCUUUAUUUUAAAGACUGGACUGUAACGGCUAAGGAAUGUGUUUACCAUGUAAGCACAAAAAAGAUUUGUUGGAUCACAAUGUUUAUUGAUAUGUAGUUUUGCUUGUUAUAGUCGAGCUUUUCUUGUGCGCCAAAUCAGCAACCCCGGGAACGUCUUUUGCAAACCUACUUUCAGAAAAAAAAAAAAAAAUGAAGGGAAGGGAAGACGAAGAAAAAGAAGACGAAUGAUCUUGAAAGUGAAAUGGUUACUUCGAACUUGUAAAUGUUUUUAUAAAGAGUUGUAAUGUGGAAUCGAGUAACAGCUAAGACAUUACGUUAAAGACCAGAAUUUCGAAGACAUAGAAAAGCCUGGAAGAGGUUUGUAAGAUGUGUGUGUGUGUUUGAAGGGGAUGUAGUCAUCAGCGUUCGGCUAGAAGAGGAAGACGAAGAGGGAGCGUGUGAAGGACUGAGUGAUGAAAGGUGCGGCGAGAAAGUAUGUAGCGGAAGCGUGACUGGUCACGUGGUUGUGGCGAUGGCUCGUGCGCGUUGAGAUGGAUGCAUGGUAUGAACGCUGAUUGUUCUGAGAGUUAAAGACUUUGGAUUCGUUGAAGAACUUAAGCAGUUUUUGUUAACUGAAAGUGUUGCUCUGGCAUUUCAAAUGCUAUAAGUAAAUGCCUAGCGCUGUUAUCGCAGUUGUUGUAGCGCUGCUAGCUGUAGAAACAUGAGGCGUGUGGCGGUUGACAUGCUGGACGUAUUAAAACAGCUACAAAACUCGCAUUCGACGUGUUUCCCACUUCUGACAGGUACCGUGUGUGUGUGUGUGUUUUUUUAAAGCCUCCCUAUCCUACAUACAUGGUGAGCUUAUAGAGGGACGUACAUUUAUUUGUGUAAGGGAACUCGUGUUCUUUAAGACCCAUCUCAUAAUACUUUAUUUUUGUAAUAGUUUCUUACCAUUUAAACCCUGUCUCACACACUUUUUGUAAUAACUCUUUAUCUUUUAAGCUCUUACCCUUUACAAACCCUCUUUACACAGAACUCUGGCUGUUAACUGCCUAAUUUUUGCCAAUAACACCUAAAGAAGAAAAACAACCAGAGGCUCCAUGUCGAUUAGUAUGGACUUCCGGAGCUAACUCGGUAACUACAUAAGUCAUGACACUAAACACAGAUUAUAACAAAAUUUCUUCUGUAACGAAAAUUGGAUUUUAUUAUAACUAGAAUAUAAACUGUCGACACAUAUCACGUCGCUUUAACGUUAAAGACUGCGGGAUCACGUGAUAAAAACUGUCUCGGAUUUACAAUGCAGAAGGAAAAUCUGAUGAUGGCGGUUUAAAAAAAAAAAAAAAGGGGGGAAAAAAAGAGAAAAUGAACUAAACUGUUCGUUAAUUUAAUUUCUGAACCCCCGAAGUCAAUACGUAAAGCUGGAAAAAGCCUGUCUUCAGUAAUGUAAAGCUUCUAGUCCUGUUACUAAUUAAUUAGCCUAGUACAUUUUGUUUGAAUCACAGGAACUGGGAAGUGUGUUCCCUGUGGAUGCGGGACACUGCGUUGCUAAAGCCACGUCACUCUAAAAUUCAAUGGUCUGUGCUGCCAAUUCUUCUCUAAAAAUAGCAUCAAGCAACUUUCGUGAAAGAGAAUACAAAGAGCUCAUCCCAUUUUAAAGACAUCGGCAUUGUAAGCCACUGAUUUGUAGAGACCAGACCCAGCUGCUCCAGUUCACUCUGAAGAGGACUUGAAUAAUGCUUCCUCCCUCAUUAAAAAAAAUAAAAAAGAAAA